UGACGGAAAGUGAAAACAAAUUCAGUAAAACUGUUAGUAUCAAAAAUAGGAAUACAGUUUUCUUGUCGACAUCAUGAUCAAAUAAAAAUCCUGUGAGAUUAUGUUUAUGUUUUGAAGCAGGAGGAUUUCUUAAGACUUUGUUGGAAGUGGGAAUUGGGAGGGAUUCACCAUACUUGUGUUCUCCUCCUUUUAUAAACUUAAUUCAUAGGACUUUCAGAAGGCUUGUGCUAUCUUUCCAAUGAAAACUGAAAGUGCAUUAUUAUGGAAGAAUGUAUUUGCAGGUAGUAAUAACAUUAAAAAAAUGUUCUCAUGUGUAAACACAUACUAAUUUUGACCUUGAAAGAUGAAUUCCUUCAAGAAAAAUAAUGCUUAAGAUAAUGUGUAUGAAAUUAAAUAAAGGACUUUACUUACAUACCACAUAAAGUAGCAAACUGUUGAAUGAGUUUGAAGAUAUCAUUUAUUUUUUAUGCAUGUGGUUUUAGCUUUAGAAAGAAAUGCAUUAUAGAAACAAUAGCCAGAAAAUUGAUGUAUAUUUUAAUGAUACAUUAAAAUUCCCUUUAAUCAUAAUAACUAACUCUACUUGCUGUUUUAGCAUACAUUUGGUUCAAUAGAUUGUUCAGUAUAACACUUCUAAUUAAGUUGAUCAAGUUGUACUGUAUUAAAUAAUCAGCAGUGUAUCUGGAGUAUGUUUAAAAAGAACGGAUCACAAUAUAAAAAGUUACAUGGAACUUUACAUCUUAACUUUCUUUGUCAACUUAAAUGCAAUGUGUAAGAAGUUUAUUUUGCUAUUGUGAAAAACUAAAUGUAAAGGAAAUCACCUACUUUCAUGCAGGUGUAUAAUCUUGAAAAGGAAAAAUGCUUCCAUAUUGAAGCCAGAUUUUCUGUAGUAAAACUUUUAAAUAUUAUUUUAAAAGAAAUAUGUAUAUAAAUAUCUCCAUAUUCUUUGGAAUGAUACUAAAGUCUCUGGUCUAGGACCAUACCUUACAUAAAGGUAUAAGAGACCAUGACAGUGUCUGAAAAUGGAAUAAUGAUGCCUUUGAUUUAAAGUGACCCACAUAGUAUACAUUGAACACUCCAUCUCUCCAAAUGUAUUUCCAUAACAUGUUGAAAACGUGCUAACAUUUGUAUGAUUUUUAUACUUCUGCUGAAUAGACUUAGAAUCAGAUGAAUUGUCUUUGUGUCUUGCAAAAGAGUUGGGGACAACUUGGGCAGGCCCAUGAAGUGCAUAGGGAGUGUAUGUCUUCUGAACUGUUUUAUUGUUCUUGUAAUCUAACUUAAAGAAAUGUUAACUGGGAGGAUGCUGAGGCCACUGCAUUAAUUUUGUGUAUUUAGAAUUUUGUUGUCAACAGAAAACUAAUGAAUAAAUUAGCUUGUUAUUCUGGAAUUUAAAGUUCUAAAAUUAGUAUCAAGAGUAUGUAGUGUUAAUUCCCACCAACUAGACUUUGAACUUAAGUCAAACUUAAAGAUUUGAGAAAUUAUUUGUGUCAUUUACUAGACAUGAUUUUUAGUUCUGUUUAUGUUUUCUAUACAGACUCCUUAUUUAACAGGAUAGCCUACUAAAUUGAAUGUUUCUUAUUUCAUUUAAAUUAUUUGAUUAAACUGUAUUCUAAAACAUUUGGGUUUUUUUCUCCUAUUCACUCCUAAUCCUGGCAUAUACAUUUGUAAAUUGUGAUGUCAUUGGGACUACAUUUAAAUUUGAGUUGGCAACAUUAACAUGUCCUAAGACUCAGUGAAGAGAAGCAUGGCAGUACGUUCUUUGACUUAAGAAUGGCACAAAAUAAUAAUUUUUGAACCUGUGUAAUAAAGCUUGAAAGCAGGGAAAAUAAUUUCCUUUUCCCCUGUUUUUAUGUUGUCUGUAGGAAUUGAUUUGGGAUUUUGUUUUGUGUUUUAAUAUAAAUUGAUAAUCUUUUAUAGGAAGUAAAUAGAAGCAUUAUUGGGUGCCUUUGUUUGUAAACCAAAAAGUAAUAAAUGAAUCCCUAUAUUUCCAUUAUA